GUACAGUACCAUCCUCUAUCACGAACGUGCUCCUGCAUUGCAGUCUUCAACUGAUGUUAUCAAUAUCUGAAUGGUGGUGGCUCUUUCGUGCCCUGUCUUAACCAAAGAUGGAAACUUGUUGCUAGCUUCAGUUUCAAUGCGGUGGACCCCUUUCGCGGUCUUGCUGUGCCCUGCACCGAAUGACCAUGAUCUCCCCGAGCAGACGAUGGCGGUUCGGGAGGGUAUAAAUAUGCGGGAUGUGCGACAUUGGAUUUUGAGGAGCUAAUCGUUAGAAUUCCGCGUCCUCUCCAGUACCAGUCAUGGUAUCUGCUCUAUCCACCGUCUUCAGUGCGAAUGCUCAGUCAGCCAAUCUCUUCCCUCCUGCUUCGGUCGUUGGCUUCGCCGGGCCCACCUCGACUGGUGCAGAGCCCGAGAUAGUUGCCACGGCCCCGAGGGCUCCUUUCCUGUCAGAUUACUUCCCUUUGGUUCAUCCCGAUAUUCCGUUGGGCGGAAACGCCUCAUUUGACUCGUCGAAGCACUGGGGUAGUCUGUCGCCUGCGAUCUCUAACCGGCCGGAUAGUUUCGCAACUUAUCUCGUCAACUCUUCCGCACUCAUUCCCCCUCGCUGUGAGCUGCUGGAGGUACACAUGUUGCACCGGCACGGCGCCCGUUACCCGUCUUCGAUCGAGACAGUUUCGACCCUAGGCGCGCGGAUUGCCAAUGCAACAGGCAAGUUCACCGCAACGGGUGAGAUGGCUUUCCUGACGAGCUGGAAGUACGGGCUGGGUGCCGAGAUCCUCACCCCGUUCGGUCGCAAGCAGCUGUUCGACCUGGGUGUCUCCUGGCGCAUCAAGUACGGUCAUUUGCUCGACAAGUUCCCCAACGGCACCCUCCCCGUAUUCCGCACCACGAGCCAGGACCGCAUGGUCAAGUCCGCCCUGAAUUUUGCGGCUGGAUUCUUUGGCAUCCCUUAUGAGAACCAGUAUCAUCAGGAGAUCAUUAUCGAGGGCGCACCUGCUGGCGUUGCUGGCAACAACACGCUUUCUCCUACUUGCAAGAACCUCAUAGUCAGUUUGUUGAACUCGGCAGCUCCCAUUGCCAAGUGGCAGUCGAUCUAUCUCGCCAACGCAACCGCGAGGAUCAACGCGCAGGUCCAAGGGAUCAACUUCACAUUUGCAGAUGUGGGGAACAUGCAGAGUCUUUGCGCGUACGAGACGGUCGCAGUGGGAUAUUCUGACUGGUGCAAACUGUUCACUGUUGAGGAGUGGGAGGGCUUUGAGUACACGUCGGAUUUCACCUACUGGUACGGCUUUGCUUGGGGUGCACCUACUGCGGCCGCCAUGGGCGUCGGUUGGGUGCAGGAGCUUGUAGCUCGCCUGACACACACGCCCAUCACCGUAUGGAACACCUCAACCAACAGCACUCUGGACAGCAACCCCCUGACAUUCCCCGUCAACCAGAGCCUUAUUCCGUGUAUCAACUCAAUCGGUAUUGCGUCAUUCACAUUGGGGCAACGCACAGUUAUGGUCGCCUUGAACUUCACCUCUUUCGCCAAGAGCGGCCCGCUCCCAGUAGAUCAUAUCCCCGUGGGCAAGCGCUCCUUCGUCGCAUCGCAGACCACACCCUUUGCCACCGCCCUGGUUGCCCAAGUUGUCAACUGCACCGACUCAUCCGCCAACACCAAGCCUUAUAUCCGCUGGCUGCUGAACGACGCGUCCAUCCCGGUCGAUAACAUCCCCGGUUGCGGGAAGGAUGAGUACGGCCGGUGCCCCCUCGACUCUUUCGUCGAUGCGAUGAAGACCAGGGUUGAGGAGAUCAACUUUGCGCCUCCGAAUGCCCCGGGUGCUUAA